AUGUCCAACCAAGUUCCCAGAGUUGACCAGUGGAUAUUUGCUUUCUCUGCUUCCCCUAAGGGACGAACAUAUCGCACUCAUAUUUUCCUCCCUUCAACAAUUAUAUCAGCUGCACCCUCAGCUGAGUUGAAGAUCCUUCAUCGAGCCACAUACAAAGAAGAAGUGAGGUUGUGGGAGGAGGAGAGAGAUUGUGCCAAGCUUGAGAAGCGUCAACCAAGGUGGACAAAACCAAAACAGGGCAAAUUAGAGUUGCCGAUACCUAAACCGACUCUUGAUGAUGUUGAAGAAGAUGACGAACGUGGUGUGAACGAAGACGAGGACAUUGACAGCAAUGAUUCUGAUGGUGGGAGCUCAGAGGUUUGA